AUGGCCGGACAAAAGCGCAUAACGAAGGAACUGGGGGAGUUGAUGACAUCCCCGCCAGCGGGGAUAACAGUCGAGCUGGUAGACGAGUCGAAUCUAUUUCAAUGGAAAGUCACCAUGGAAGGGCCGGCCGGUUCCCCUUAUGCUUCAGGAAACUUCAAUCUCUCUCUCACCCUGCCUCCCAACUACCCCUUCAAACCACCAACCGUCACUUUCAUCACGAAGAUCUACCACCCGAAUAUCUCAAACGACUCACCACCCAAUUCUGGCAUUAUGUGUCUAGGCAUGCUGAAGGACUCGGAGUGGAAACCGAGUACCAAGAUGAGUGCUGUGCUUGAAUUUGCGAGACAAUUGCUCAAAGAGCCGAAUCCUGACGACGCCGUCGAAGCAAAGAUCGCCGACCAGUUUCGCAACGACCGCGCCGCGUACGAGAAGGAAGCCAAAGAGUGGGUCAAGCGCUAUGCAAGUGGGAAGAAAUGA